AUGGCUCAACGAGUUUCCGCCCGGCGGACGACGGAGGAGUGGCAAGAUGCUUUUUACAGCCUGGAGGAGCGUCAUCGCCAGCUGCAGAAGAAGUUCAACGAAAAGGAGCAGGAGCUCAAGCUGCUCAAAGUGUCACAGCGACGUGAAUCCGCCGCGCCGUUGUUUGCCCGGGGCGUCCCUUCACGCUCAGCCCCUCUUAUGAGUGGGCGAGCUUCCAGCAUGCGGGCGCCUUUACCAUCGGCAAAAGCCAAUGAGAGGACAUCGGGGACACGAGUAGGAGGAGAAGGAACUGCACAUGAGGGGAAACAUGACAGCUUUCCCGAGCGGAAUGCCGGUCUUGUGUCCGUUCCGUCCGCCGCACGGAAGGCUGAUGCCGGGGCUGCGGCCGCGGAGUUGAGCGCCUGGUCGGCUUCCCCAUCGCCGGAUCCCUCCAUGGUGUGGGGAAUGGAAAACAGCAUACAAAAUUAUGUCACCGCCAAUGCCCUCUACCACGCGAACGAGGAGUUGCGUCACCGUCUUGAUGAUGCCGUGACUCUUGUGAAGACACUGCAGCAUGAGUUGGCUUCCAGUCGCAGCUUGGUAAUAAACACCCAGAAACGGCUGGAGGAGACGACGCAGCAAAUGCAUCAGCUUGUGCGGGAGCGUGAUUUGGCCAGUCAAAAACUCUCCGUUUCACAGCAGGCCGUUGCGGAACUUGAGCGGACUUUGAAGAAUCACAACACAGAGGAGGAACGGAUUCGUUUCUCGCUGGAGACACAAAUCACGGAGUUGCGAAGCCGCCUAGUCGUAGGGGCUGACAGCAACGAGCUGCUUACCCGCGAUGUUCGUACCCUUCUUUUGGAGGUUAAAGAAAAAUCUUUGGAGGUUCAAAGUCUGCGAUCGAAAAUUGCUCUUGCCGAGGCGGCGUUAUCGUCGCAGAAACAAAACAAUGAGAAUCUUUUAGUGGAGUUGCGCGGCCUUAACAAUCAACUCAUCAAUGAGCGCAAACGACUGCUUUCCAUGACACGCGAGGCGCAAUUGGCGAGUUUGCGUGCCGAUGAAGCGAAGGAUUUUGAGUCCCGUCUAGCGGAGGCUAUAGAGAGCCGUAGUGCACUUGAACGUGAGCAUGUAAGGCUGAUGGAGAGUUUAGUGGGCGUCACAGAAAGUGCAUUGCGGCAGGCGAGGGAGGAGGUGCGACAAGACAUUGCCGAUUGGCGUGCAUCCGCCUCCCAUUGGGAGGAGGUGUCGCAGUUGCUUUACAAGGA